AUGCAGCAACAGCCUGUCCGAGCAACGUUGUCGUGCAGUUCCUGUCGACAACGAAAACUCAAAUGUGAUCGCGAUGAGCCAUGUAGCAAUUGUGUUGCGAGAAAUGUCUCGUGUCAAUACGCGCCAUGGCCUCGAGGUCGUGUUGCUGCUCAGAGAAGGGACAGCAGACAACAUGAUCUAAGUGAUCGCGUGCGCCACCUUGAGCAACUCCUGGGCUCUAUUGUCCAACAGCUUCCGGCUCAGCAGGGGACAUCCAACGGUUCACCCAGUAUUAAGAGCCCGGCGAGUACUUAUGUAACAAACUCUCUGGCCACAGGAUCCCACCAAGGGUCUCAUCAGUCCUCUCAGGAAGGCUCUGAGGUCAAGCCUGGAAGGAUGAUGGCGAAUCCGAAUGAGACAAUUUAUGUUUCUAGCAGUCACUGGUCUGCUAUCUGUCACGAGGUUGAGCAUAUUCGCGAGCAUCUGGACGAGAGCCACGAAGCGAGUGAUUUGGGUAUUGUUGAUCAAGCUCAAAGUCAAGUACCGCUGCUUCUGGGACCGGGAAGACUGGCUCCGAGCCUUGAAGACAUUCUUGCGGAUGUUCCUCCGAAACACAUCACGGAUAGACUUGUGUCUCGUUAUUUCACCUCGACUCAGCCGUCAAUCUUGAUCACCCAUUCAGGAGAGUUUGAAGGCGAGUACAAACGCUUCUGGAAUGACCCCAACUCGGUAUCUGUUCAAUGGGUUGGGAUGCUCUUCGGCAUUCUGGCCACUGGAACAUUCCUGUACAUCCGAUCACAGGAUGAGCUACCUGGAGGAAUGGGCUCGCCUCUUGAGGUCGCAGAGUCCUUCCAGCAAAGAUGCACCGACUGUCUUAUUCUUGCCAAGUACUCUACAGCGCCUGGUAAGUAUACUCUGGAGACUCUUCUGUUCAAUAUCCACGGUGAAUUCGUGCGCCGUCGAGACGCUCAUCUCGGCGUGUGGAUCCUUACCGGUAUUGCUAUUCGUUUGGCUAUGCGGAUGGGAUACCAUCGUGAUCCAGAUAACUACCCUCGGAUUUCACCGUUCCACGGCGAGAUGAGGCGUCGUGUAUGGGGUGUUCUCCAGCAGCUUGACAUCCUGACUUCUUGCCAGCUGGGCCUGCCAUCGCUUAUCCAGGAGUCCCAGUGCGAUACCCGUCUGCCGCGCAACAUAAAUGAUGAAGAUUUUGGCCCUGAGUCCACGCAGCUUCCUCCACCAAGACCUGAGACGCAAGGUACUGGCGUUUUGUACACCCGUGUCAAAGUCAAGAUGAUGACCAUCUUCCGAACUAUUUUCAACCAGGUCUCACUUGGCAAGACAGAAGACUACAACGAGAUCAUGGCUCUUGAUCAGAAGCUUCAUCAAACGCAUCAGUCCAUGCCCACUUGUUACAAAAUAGCCAAGCUGGAAGAUUGCUUCAUGGUCCCGCCGUAUCUACUCAUUAGGCGAUACAAUCUUGAACUUCUCUUCCAGAAGGCAAGAUGUACACUACACCGCCAUCACAUGACAAAGGCAUACCAUGAUCCCAAGUACAACUACUCGAGAACGGCUUGCGUUGACUCAGCGAUGACAGUCCUUGGGCACCAGGCUAGUAUCCUGAAGGAGGUUCAAGUUGGUGGGCUAUUAUACAAUGACAGAUGGUUUCUCACCUCUCUGGAGAGACAUGACUUCUCGCUGGCAUCUAUGGUGGUCUGCGUGGAGCUUGGUAUGCCGCCAGAGCAACAGAACCCAGAACUCGUGGGAUAUACUCGGGAGAGUAUGAUCGACGCACUUAAAACCUCGCAGGCAUUUUGGGCAGCUAUUAAGGCCGUCUCUGCUGAGGCAAAGCAGGCAUAUGAUAUGCUCACAGUGAUGUUGAAAGCUGUCACGACUGGUUCGAAGGAUGAGUCGAUGCCGACAGCUGUAAACCAAGAAAAAGCCCCAGCUCACAAUGGCAACGGCAACGGUAACGGGCACAUGAACGGGCAAUACAAUACGAGCGAAACUCCUUUCUCGACUGACUUUCAGGGCAUUGAGGCCAUGCUGAAUAGCUCAGAUGGUGUAGACUGGGAUAUGUGGGAAUCACUGGUUCAUAUGCCCGAAGAUUUCUCCCAGUAUGAAAUGCCAGAAGGGCUCUGA